CAACGCACUAAUUCCAGUGCCUAAACUAUAAUCAACCGACGACGUCGAGUUUUCCUAGGAUUUCGUAGCCGUCACCUUCUAGUCAAACUGUUUUAUACGUUCAUUUAAGGAGCGGAGAUUCAAAAGAUGGAAAUCAGUGUGAGCCGUCUGAUGCUGUCGCUGAUGGUUGUUUCCUGUCUGCUGGGCUUGGUCGCAUCCCAAACGGACUACUGCGAUCCACUGCUGUGCAAAACCGACCACCUGCACAUCGGCUGCAAUGCCACGGAUGAUUUCGGCCCGGCUUGCCCGUCCAACACCGAGGUGAUCCCCAUGGACGACAAGCUGCGGGACAUGAUUCUCGACUUGCACAACAGUCUGAGAAGUGAACUGGCCAACGGCAAAAUGGAAGGAUUCGCUUCGGCCGAACGGAUGGCCGUUCUGGUAUGGAACGACGAGCUGGCCAAGCUGGCCGAGUACAAUACGCGCACCUGUCUGUAUUCCCACGAUGACUGCCGGGCGACGGAGCAAUAUCGCCACGCCGGCCAGAACAUCGCACGGAAGUCCAAACCGAACAACAUCACGGUGGAGGUGACGCGUGCCAUUCAGGACCUGACCAACAAAUGGUGGCAGGAGUAUGUCGAUACCAAUCAGACCGUGGUGGACUCGUACCGGAAGGUGGGCGAAGGCGUCCACAUCGGGCACUUUUCGCUGAUGGCCAACGAUCGGAUCACGCGGAUGGGCUGCGCCGCCACCAAGUACUGGAACCCGGAAAACAAGCGCAACUACGUGUACUACGUGUGCAACUACUCGUUCACCAACGUGCUCGGGAAGCCGAUCUACAAAAAGGGCAAACCGUGCGCCAAGUGCGAAGGCAAAUGCAGCACCAAAUAUCCGGGCCUGUGCGAGGGCAUCGCCGACGCUAUCGAUAAGGAGAUUUGAGCGAGCGCGCAGCGGUUUGACACAAGGGAUUGGAUGUUGUGUCCAUUGCUUCGUCAAUGUUGGAUUAGAUACAGAUAUUUGUGAUACCUCA